AUGGAUUCAAAGCCGAUCCAGCAUGUCGAAGAGCUCGAAAGCUCCCCCUCUCAUGACGCUCAAGCACGGGCGGAAGACCUCGUCCCGGAGACGCCCACGGCGAAGAAGAACUGGAGGAGCUACAUCUGGGACUCGUUGGACAAGUCUCCCGAAGAACGCAAGUUUGUCUUCAAACUCGACUGCGCGCUGUUGACGUUUGGGUGUCUGGGUUACUUUAUCAAGUACCUCGACCAGGCCAACUUGAACAAUGCCUUUGUCUCGGGAAUGAAGGAGGAUCUCAACCUCUACGGCAACCAGUUGAACUAUAUGCAGACGUGCUAUUCGGCUGGAUAUGUCAUUGGCGGCUUGCCGACCAACAUGAUCCUCACGCGUGUGAGGCCGUCUAUCUUUAUCCCGUGCAUGGAGCUUCUAUGGACCAUCUGCACCAUGGCGUCUUCACGAGCAUCGUCUGCUCAUCAAUUCUACGCCAUCCGUUUCUUUGUCGGACUCUUCGAAAGCGCCCUCUAUCCCGGCAUGAUAUACAUUAUUGGAUCCUGGUAUCGAUCAGACGAGCUGGCCAAGAGAUCCUGCAUCUUCCAGGCCGCGUAUCCCAUCGGCACCAUGUUCUCUGGCUAUCUGAUGGCGGCGGUCUACCACCUGGAAGGUGUUGGAGGUCUUCGGGGGUGGCAGUGGCUGUAUAUCAUGGACGGCGUCAUUUCACUCCCCAUCGCCCUCGCAGGCUUCUUCAUGAUCCCGGACUUUCCUGAUAUCACUCGUGCGUGGUACUUUACGCCGCAGGACAUCGCCCUCGCUCGAAAGCGCAUCCAGCUCGAAGGCCGCGCGACCCGUCAGCCGUACACGCGCGCCAAGUUCUGGAAGAUUCUGACCUCGUGGCACAUUUGGUGUCUGAUUCCCCUCUACGUGUGCUGGAACAACGGCGGCGCCUCUGGACAGCCCGUCUUUGCGCAGUUUCUCAAGGACUCGACAAGCCCAAAGUACACGGUGCCGCAGAUUAACAACUACCCCACGUCGACGUACGGGGUGCAGAUCUUUUGCACCCUCGUCUUUGCGUGGACGUCGGACUCGGUCCUGAAGGGUCGGAGGUGGCCCUCGAUCAUUAUCGGCGGGAUGUUCAAUAUCGUCUGCUACACGUCCCUCUGGAUCUGGAAUAUCCCCAAUGGCUGGCGCUGGGCGUGCUACAUCCUGAUGGGCGUCGGGGCGGCACUGGCGGGGAUUAUCAUGAGCUGGGCCCACGAAAUCUGCUCGGCCGACAACGAAGAGCGCGCCAUGGUCACGGGCGGCAUGAACCAGAUGGCCUAUGUCAUCCAGAUCUGGCUGCCCCUGAUCGUCUGGCAACAGGUCGACGCGCCGCGCUACGCCGCCGGGUUCGCCACCGUGCUGUUCAUCGGCGGGCCGGGAAUGGUUGGGUUGGCCCUGUUGACGCUGUGGUUCCACACGAGGGAGAAGAAGAGGUGA